AGAGGGUGAUAAGGUCGAUAUGGUGGAGUAGGGCGUUUUCCCUCGUCAACUACCAAAAUUCAUGUAAUAAAUUUGAAAUCUCAAAUUCAAUAGAUGGUCGACACUUGGCAGAAAUCUAUUACAUUAGCUUUCUAUAGAUAAGGGAAUAUGUCUCCCAUUCUCCCCACACAAGAUUUUUGGCACUUGGAUUGUUUGGGGAGCUUGAAGUGGAAGAGUGGGCUCUAGAGAGAAGAUUUUUUGGAGGAGAUAGAGAGGGGCUUUGAUUAUUAUGUCACGUGCACGAGAAGGAUCAAUCGGGUCGUCAAGUAGGACUCGACAUUCGGUUGAUGAGGAUGAGGAUAACGUGUUAGACAUUCCUCACGGGAAAAAAGCAUGGAGAGAGGUCGAUCUUGAAGAUGUGUUGACUACUUACAUGGUUCAAGAAAAUAACAUGGAGAGAGGGCGAUACCAGUUAUCACUGGGAAAAAAGCUUCCCGAAUUGGUUUGUGGUGUUGCGGAUUCUGGUUUGGCCUGGAAACAAAAAUAUUUUUUUAUGAACUAUGAUGCCCUUGGCGACCUGACGGGCUAUGAUAUUCCAUCAGCUCGGUGUAAUGCUCGACGUCUCAACGUUCCUUGGCCGGUAAGCAAUAGGAAUUUGGAGAGGAGAAGAGCACGUUUCACCGCAUUUCCUAGCGGCAAGAGGCAUUGGAGUGUUCUCUUAGGAGAAGAGAGUUUAAGACAGACCACUUUGUGGAGUUCCGUCCCUCCUGGUCCAGAAGACUACAUGAUGUCGCAUCCCAAGAUGAAUCUUCUUCCGGAAAAGGAUAGCUAUGAAACUUACUUGAAGCUGCGUGAGAAAAAGAAAGCAUCCGGCAAGGGCAAGAAGGGUGGUUCGGGUGUUGAGCCCUUUAGUGAGUCCGAUGUCCACGUAGUCGAACCGUCAGGGCGGUCAAAGAGGAAAAAGAAAGCAGCGCCUUUUGAGGUCCCGGACUACUCCGAUGGCUCUAUCCAUCUCACACUUCCUAGUGGGACUUCAGCCCAGACCGACUAUGAUUCGUGUGCGGAUCAUUUUGAGCGUCUGUUGCUAGAGGACGACCGCACUAGGAUGUUGAAGGUUGGAGUGGUUGAUUCUGCCAGCACUGCCGCCCGUCUUGCGUUUCAGGGCUAUCAGUAUACUCUGUUCAUGAAGGAACAGCUGGUAGAGACGGCUGACCAGCUCAAGGUGGCUCUGAGAGAGCAAGACGCCCUUCGGAAGGAACUCGAGGAAGUGAAGGGUCGUUAUGAAAUGGCAGAGAAGGAGCUGAGGGAUGAGCUAUCCUUGAAGAGUCACCUGAUUUCUACCAUCCGGUCUCAGAUAGGGCAAUUGGAGGCGACUUUGAAUGUCCGAGAGGAGGAGCUUCGGUUUAGCCAUCUUGAGACGAUCGUUCUUACCCGUGGUGAGAUGAUGAAGGAGUUCAAGGAAGGGAAGGCGGGUUCUUGGGACGUAGAGAAGGGCAUACGUGAGAUGGAGGAUGUGCUACGUGACAGGGCUGAAGGAGUGGGAGUGGUUGAUGCCACUACCGACAGCGAGGGCGACGGGGGUGAUGACUAGACUUAUUUGUAGUUGAAACUUCUUCAAACACUUUCUAUUUGGUUAUGUAAUAGUAAUUAGGAUCUUCGAUCUUGACAUUAUCUACUUUUCUCCCCUAGUUUGAGUCUAGUCUCUUUUGGCUAGACUUGGACUUGGUAUUUGUAGGACAUAUCAUUUUCCGAUAUAUCCGGCCCGAUCAGGGGGUUCAC